GACUACCUCCGCCGAGCGCGCGCGUCCGGGGCCGUGAAGUCGGUGGACUUCGCGCUGCUGGCCGAGGGCGACCCGCGCGUGGAGCUGCUGCUCCGCCUCGAGCAGCAGGCCGAGGCGCGCAGGCUCCUGGACGACAUGGCCCUGGGGGAGCUGCAGGAGCUGCUGUGCCGCAUCCAGGAGGCGUUCCAGGCCGUGCACGGCCCGGGGUGCCUGCCGCCCAGCCUGGAGCUCUGGGCCUCGCGGCUGCAGCGGCCCGGGGACCCGCUCGUGGCCCUCCACCCGAGCGAGGUCGGGGAGCUGAGCGCGGCGCUGCAGGAGUUCCUGCAGCAGAACCGGCGCGCGGUCCGCGCGCGCGAGCUCGACGCGCUCCCCGCCUGCGUCGCGCGGGCGUUGAGCGGGCCGCGCGCGCCGUUGGCGGGCUCGCCAGGCGGGCUGCAGCUUGCCCAGGGCGCCGCCCGCCGGGUCGUCGCGUGCUUCGGCGGAGGCGAGGGGCCGUGUCCGGUGGUGGUGCGCAGCGUGCCGCUCGGCCUCGCGGGCGCCGAGGAGGACUACGAGGUGCGCGAGCUGGGCCUGCGCGUCGGCGGCAUGUACCGUGCUGUGCCGCACAGCCACUGUGACGACCCCUUCGCGACGGACGGGGCCGCGCUGCUCCACUUCGAGUGGGUUCCACCUGGUGAGGUGCGGGAAGACUCCAGGCCGCUCGAGCAGGCGCUGAGCGGUGCCACGCACGUGCGGCUGCGGCUCCCUGGGGGCAGCGGGCCCGACGAGCCGGCUCAGGAGCGGCAGGUGAACCUCCAGACCAACUCCGUGCAGAGCGAGUCCGCGUGGUACCGCGCCAUCCCCUCGCGGGUCCGGACGGGCGCCGACGCCGAGGGCGGGUUCCGGCGCUUCGUGCUGGAGGUCGGCCGCGGCUUGAGGCUGCCGCUGCCCGUCGGGCUGCUGCAAGCGGCCCCAGGGUGUGGCGUCGCGGAGACGGCCGACGUUCUCGCGCAGGUGCUCGCGCUCUGGUUCAGCCAGAGGCACGCGCCCGAGGACGUGGCAUCCGCGCUGCGGCGGUGCCCCGAGCUGCUCUACUUCGCCUCCACGGCGCUGUUCCAGUGCUUCGACCACCUCUCCGCCACGCUGCUGGACGCGCUGCGGCGCCACUGGGCCGCGGUGCUGAGGGCGCAGGCGGAUCCUUGUGCCGGACGACUGUGGCCCAGCGAGGGCUCGCGCGAGGCGCAGGACAUCAUCUUGGAGCUGCUCGUCGUGCGUCCCGGCGGCCGCCACUGCGCCGUGCUGCCGCCCUCGCAGCUCGGCGAGCUCUGCCGGCUGGUGGACCGGACGAAGCACUCGGUGAAGUUCCUCGCCGUGGAGAGCUUCUGCUUCGAGUCGGCGCUGGAGAAGAUCGGGGAGCUGCAGCGGGCCACCAUGACUUUCCUCGUCGUCGACGUCACCGGCCAGGUCUCCGCGCCGCAGCUGGGCGAGCUGGUGAGGCACGCGCAGGGGUCGGUCCGGCUCGUGCUCCAGUGGUACCACGGGCUGCUGCCGGCCCUCGCGGCUACGAGGUCCCUCGGGCGCGUGAUCGUGCCCGAGUCCGUCGCCCACGACCUGAGCACGCAGGUGUCCCCCGUCCUGUACCGCGAGAGCUUCGCGCUCGGGCAGGCGACGCUGCGCUGCGCGGGCAUCCUGCACGGGGACCCCGCCGCCCUGAGCCCCCUGGCCGACGUGGAGCUCUGCCCGGGCGGGCUCGAGGUGCGGCGGGCGGCGGGCGGGCUGAUCGACUGGCCGCGCAACCUGGCAGGCGCUCAGCGGCUCCUGGCCGCGGCCCACGCGUGGGCGCAGAGCGAGGCGGAGUGGCGCGCCUGCGUGCCCGCGGGCCAGAGGCCGCGGCCGCACGAGGCGCUGCUGCUGCUGGUCGCGCCCGACGAGGCCCCGGUGCGCCGGCACUACGAGGGCCUGCCCUCCGGCGCGGGCGUGCUGUGCCUCAGCAUGCACCACUCCGACAGGCAGGCGCUGGCGCAGGUCGAGGCCCUGCUCGACGGCGCCGCCGUGCGCCCCGGGAGCGCCGUGCCCGCGGGGCCGGCCGGGAGCGCCUGCGGAGUCCUCGUCCUCUUCGGCGUGGGGUUCGUCUCGCCGGCCACGCUCGAGGGCAUGGUGGCUCGCGCCUUCCUCGGCGGCCAGCGUGUGGUGCUCGUCGUGCAGGAGCCCAUCUCGGUGCUCCGGGCCGUGCGCAUCAUGCAGAUGCCUGCGGCCGUGCGUGCCCUCCGGCUGGUCCUCGGCCCUGCCGCGGUCCCCAGCGAGCAGCACGUGGCCCUCUCCGCGGCGGUGGAGGCCGAGGACCUGGCCGCGUGCCUCCAGAUCAUGAAGGUCGCCCUCAAGGCGGAGGCCUGCAGGGACCUCCUGGGCGGCAUCCUGGCGGCCCUGUCGCCGGGCGGCCAGGCCGACGGCUGCGACCCAGGCUCGCUGGCGUUCGCGGUGGGCUGCCUGGCCGCAGCCUUUGUCCAGCGCAGCGCCGCGCUCGGCCUCGACGAGGGGGUGUGGCACGUCAGCUUCCCGGACUUCCGCGCGCACGUGCCCGUGUGCCGCUUCCUGGACCAGGCGAGCGUCCUGGAGGCGUGGUGCCGUUACUUGGACCUCGUGGGGGCGUCGCCCGGGGCCUCGGAGGGCGGGGGCGGUGCCGAUGCCGAGCUGGGCCGUGGGCUGCCGGAGAGGGCGCACGUCCCUGGCUGUGUGGCUUCGUGGCCGGGGGCGGAGCCACACCGGCUCUUUGUAGGUUCGCAGUGGCUGAUUGCAUGCAACGCGCACUCUCCGGGCAUCGAGGGCCUCUUGGAGCACGCCACAGCGAUGGAGGGCGGCGACGGCUCAGCGGCGGACAUCUCAGCGCCCAUGUACUACAGUUCUGGCUCUGGGCACUACAGCGAAGCCCAGGAGGAGGUUCUCGAGAGGCACUGUCUCCAGUGCCGUGAGCUGGACUGGGCCUACUUCUCCGAGUCGUGGCGCACCGCGCUAGACAUCAAGCCCGACGUCUUCCUCAGGCUGGCGGCCUUCGGCGUGGACACGCUGCGCCUCUUCCUCUGCCUGCCCCCCGAGAGAGCAAUCGAGCUCGGGCUCACCCACCUGCUGGACGCUGCGGGGCGCGGGGGCACCCCGCAGGCACGGCUGGCGGCCGUCGUGGCGCAGAAGCUCUUGCUGGACGUGGAGUGCGCGGCUCCCCUGCUCGAGGCCGCGGCGCGCGAGGGCCCGGGCGAGGUGGCCCCGCGCCUCGCGGCGGUGAAGUGGCUGCUGCUCACGGCUCUGCCGGAGAGCGAGGCCCUGUCGAUGUUGUCGGGCGUCGGCCGCAUCCACGAGGCCGCCGUGCAGCAGCUGGUCCGCGCCAAGGUGAUGCUGUGCCCGCGCGGCCGCGACGAGCUCCGGCGGCGGGUCGUGUCCAUCGUGGUGGGCCUCGACGGUGGCGACAUCUUGGCCUCGCAGCACGACGUGCGCCGCUUCCUGCUCGAGACCACGACCCCGCUGCGUGACCUCCUGUGCGACGGCCGCGCCAGGGUUGGGCGAGCGAUCGUGUCGUUCCUGUUCUGCCCCGACCACACCGAGCGGCUGAAGCGGGGGGAGGCUGGCCGCGCCAUCACAGAGAGCUUCGCCCACAUGUUCGGCUUCGACGUCCUCCGCUGGAGCCCGCUGCACGGCGCGCCCGCUGCGGAGCCCCACCGCGUCACCCCGGCGGCGCACGCCGCGGCGCUGGAGCGCUCGCCCGGGCCGGCUGUCGCGCGCGCCCUCGCCGGCGGCCCGCUGCUCGGCGCCGUGUGCCGCCUUGCCGAGUCGGAGGGCAUUGACAGCGCGGACGCCUUCUUGUGCGAGGUGCUCGACUGUCUGCCCAUGGGCUGCGACAACCUCGUCCUGAUCGUCCUGGAGACGCUCGCCUGCCCCGGGCCGGCGGCGGCGGGGGCGUGCCCGAGGCUUGGGGAGGAGGCCAUCAAGGGCAUCCUCAGGUCUGCCGCGAACCCUUUCCUCCCCAGGCUCUUCGAGGCGCUGCGCGCCCGAAGCCUGGGAGGCUACCUCGCCCUCGUGGCCUCGUACGCCAGGGGCGAUGCCGGCCGCCCGCUCCGUCUGGCCCUGGACGCCAGCCCCGCGCUCCAGCAGCUGUAUGUGGAGCACUUCCGCGGCGCAAGCCCUGGCGACGGC